CAAGUAGCAAGAAUGCCCAAAGUCGAAGGUCCCCCGCCUCUUGUUACCGGUAUCUCGCCCAUCGAAGGUCAUCCCGGUACAAAACUCACUAUUCGAGGAGAGAAUUUGGGCGUAACAGCAAGCGAUCUGACCCAUGUUUUUAUCAACCAAAUCGAUGUUGGACCCACUGCCCAAUGGUUCUCAUCGAAAAAGAUCACAGCUAUCACACCACUGGGCGAAGGUGAGAUGGAAGUGGUCGUGGUCACAAACAGUGGCAAAUUUGGCUCGGCCACAGUCAGCUAUAGACAAACUGCUCGACGAAAUGUGGGCCCACAAACUUCGGUAUCUCAUUGGCCGGAAGAUGAACGUCGUCAUUGUCCAGCCAUUUAUGAGCACGGUAGUGAUGGAAAUGCGGCCGGAUCGGGUGUCGGUGGUGGUUCCGCUUCGGUUUCAGGCACGAAAACCGGUGCUGAGCUGGAUCCAUCCACGGGACUACCCAUGUCCGAGUUGACGCGUAUCAAUGUGUCUCUGUCGGAUUCGGCAUUGCGCACUAUCUAUCCGGAGGAUGCAACCAACUAUCUGUUACAGUAA